GACGCGCGCUGCGUCAGUAUCCCGCGAGCUCCCAUCGUGUUUUGUUCGUUUCUUGCUUCGCCCGGUCUCCAUUCUCCAUCUCGAGUCCCCCAGGGUGGGAGGGAAUCGCCGCCGUCGCCGCCUGCAGUAGACGCGAGAGCCGACGAGAAACGCCACAGAGACAAAAGUGCCUUCUUCCUUCCUCCGUGAACCAAGAUCCCUCUCAGGAUGGCGGACGACAGCCACGAGAACGGCACCAGUAACGGCGACGUGCCCGAGAUCGAGCUGAUCAUCAAGGCAUCGACGAUCGAUGGCCGUCGAAAGGGCGCCUGUCUUUUCUGUCAGGAGUAUUUUAUGGAUUUGUACCUCCUGGCAGAACUGAAGACGAUUUCUCUGAAGGUGACCACCGUGGACAUGCAAAAGCCGCCGCCUGAUUUCCGCACCAAUUUCCAGGCCACUCCGCCGCCCAUCUUGAUCGAUAACGGCGAUGCGAUAUUGGAGAACGAGAAGAUCGAGCGACACAUCAUGAAGAAUAUCCCUGGCGGGCAUAAUCUAUUCGUACAGGAUAAGGAAGUGGCUACUCUCGUGGAAAACUUGUUUAGCAAACUCAAGUUGCUGCUGUUGAAUGCGAAGGACAAGGACAAGGAUCCCAAGUCUUCGUCGCUGAUGGCGCAUCUACGUAAGAUUGAUGAGCAUCUAGGUCGCAAGGGCACGCGCUUCCUUACCGGCGACACCAUGUGCUGCUUCGACUGCGAACUGAUGCCGCGGCUGCAACACAUCAGGGUCGCCGGCAAGUAUUUUGCCGACUUUGAGAUACCGGAGACUCUGGUGCACUUGUGGCGGUACAUGCAUCAUAUGUAUAGGCUCGACGCUUUUCUACAGAGCUGCCCGGCCGAUCAGGAUAUCAUUAACCACUACAAAUUGCAACAGAGUAUGAAAAUGAAGAAGCACGAGGAGCUGGAGACACCGACCUUCACCACAAGUAUCCCGAUCGAAGUCAACGAUGAUUAGACUGGACCUUCAUCGAGUCUGCGAUCACGUGACUUUGAUUAGACAUCGAGAUCGAGACUUGUAGCGAAACGGCGAAUUAACUUGACAGAGUUUCAAUGGCAUGCGCAUUUUGUAAUUUAAUAUCCAUCAUUAGUAUCUCAAAAACAAAGAGGAAUGUUUCCAUUGGAACUCAUGUCUUUCCAGCUGCCAGUGUUCGUGUCGUCGCCGCAUCAUUGAUCGAUUCAUACCUUUUUGCUAAGCAAUCAUUGCUGAAUCUAAUCCCUUUUUCGGGAUAAAGUCAGGUGUAAACAGAUUAGCUUUUUUACUGCAAACGACGCGACAACAUAUAUAAGUGCAUUAAGACUUUAAGUCUUAGUAUCGAUACAAUGUCGAUUUUCUUCAUUUUUCUUCUUUUUUUUCCACUAUGUAUGGUAUGCAUACGUAGUUUUGACCUGAGUAGUAUUAGCAAGAUUUUAAUUUGCUAUUAUUCAAUUAAUUAAUUAAGAUUAGGAGAAACUAUCAUGAUUUUGCCAUUUUCUAACGGCAACAUUCAUGGAAACUAAUAUCAAGAA